CAUCAGAGAACCCACAUGGGGGAGAAAGCUUUUGAGUGUUUAGAGUGUGGAAAGAGAUUCAGUAUGAGCAGCAGACUUCAGAGACAUCAUAAAACCCACAUGGGGGAGAAACCUUUUAAGUGCUCAGAGUGUGGGAAAAGUUUCAGUACCAGCACCAAUCUUCAAACGCAUGAAAGAACCCAUACAGGGGAGAAACCUUUUGAAUGCUCAGAGUGUGGAAAGAAAUUCACUCAGAGUGCCAGUCUUCACUAUCAUCAGAGAACCCACACAGGGGAGAAACCUUUUGAGUGCUCAGAGUGUGGGAAAAGUUUCAGUACCAGCAGCAAUCUUCAAUCGCAUCAGAGAACCCAUACAGGGGAGAAACCUUUUGAAUGCUCAGAGUGUGAAAAGAAAUUCACUCAGAGUGCCAGUCUUCACUAUCAUCAGAGAACCCACACAGGGGAGAAACCUUUUGAGUGCUCAGAGUGUGGAAAGAGAUUUGGUUAUAGCUGCAGUCUUCAACUGCAUCAGAGAACCCACACAGGGGAGAAACCUUUUGAAUGCUCAGAGUGUGGAAAAAAAUUCACUCAGAGUGCCAGUCUUCACUAUCAUCAGAGAACCCACACAGGGGAGAAACCUUUUAAGUGCACAGAGUGUGGAAAGAGAUUUGGUUAUAACUGCAGUCUUCAGCUGCAUCAGAGAACCCACACAGGGGAGAAACCUUUUGAGUGCUCAGAGUGUGGAAAGAGAUUCAAAUAUAGUAGCGACCUUCAGUGUCAUCAGAGAACCCACACAGGGGAGAAACCUUUUGAAUGCUCAGAGUGCGGAAAGAGAUUUAGUAUGAGUGGCCAUCUUCAAUAUCAUCAGAGAGCCCACACAGGGGAGAAGCCUUUUGAAUGCUCAGAGUGUGGAAAGAGAUUCAGUCAGAGUGGCAGUCUUCAAGUGCAUUGCCGAACCCACAUAGGGGAGAAACCUUUUGAAUGCUCAGAGUGUGGAAAGAGAUUCUGUCAGAGUAGCAAUCUUUAUCGUCAUCAGAGAACCCACACACGGGAGAAGCCUUUUAAAUGCUCAGAGUGUGGACAGCAAUUCAGUCAGAGUAGCCACCUUCAACAGCAUCAGAGAACCCACACAGGGGAGAAGCCUUUUGAAUGCUCAGAGUGUGGAACGAGAUUCAGUCAGAGUGGCAGUCUUCAAAGGCAUCAGAGAACCCACAGAGCGGAUAAGCCUUUUGAAUGCUCAGAGUGUGGAAAGAGAUUCGGUCAGAGUGGCAGUCUUCAAAAACAUCAGAGAACCCACAGAGGGGAGAAAUCUUUUGAAUGCUCAAAAUGUAACAGUUGCUUCCUGACCCCUAAUAAUAUUCAACAGCAUCAGAAAGCCCAUACAGGGGAGAAACCUUUUGAGUGCUCAGAGUGUGGAAAGAGAUUUGGUAUGAGUGGCAGUCUUCAACGUCAUCAGAAGAUGCACACAGGGGCGAAGCCUUUUGAAUGCUCAGAGUGUGGAAAGACAUUUAGUACGAGUGGCCAUCUUCAAAAGCAUCAGAGAACCCACACAGGAGAGAAGCCUUUUGAAUGCUCAGUGUGUGGAAAGAGAUUUAGUCAGAGUGGCAGUCUUCAAUAUCAUCAGAGAACCCACACAGGGGAGAAGCCUUUUCAAUGCUCUGAGUGUGGAAAGGGAUUUAAUACGAGUGGCCAUCUUCAAAAGCAUCAGAGAACCCACACAGGGGAGAAGCCUUUUGAAUGCUCAGAGUGUGGAAAGACAUUCAGCCAGAGUGGCCAUCUUCUAACACAUCAGAGGACCCACACAGGGGAGAAGCCUUUUGAAUGCUCAGAGUGUGGAAAGAGAUUUAGUCGGAGUGGCAAUCUUCAAGAGCAUCAGAGAACCCAUACAGGGGAGAAGCCUUUUGAAUGCUCAGAGUGUGGAAAGAGAUUUCGUACGAGUGGCAGUCUUCAAAGGCAUCAGAGAACCCACAUAGGGGAGAAACCUUUUGAAUGUUCAGAUUGUGGAAAGACAUUCAUUUGGAGAGGCAGUUUUCAAACACACCAGAGAACCCACACCAGAGAGAAGACUUUUGAAUGCUCAGAGUGUGGAAAGAGGUUCAUGUGGAGUGGCAGUCUUCAGUGUCAACAGAGAACACACACAGUAGAAAAACUUUUUGAAUGCUCAGACUGUGGAAAGAGAUUCAGUUGGAGUGGCAGUCUUCAGCUGCACCAAAGAACCCACACAGGGGAGAAGCCUUUUGAAUGCUCAGAGUGUGGAAAGAGAUUCAGUACGAGUGGCAGUCUACGAAAGCAUCAGAGAACCCACACAGGGGAGAAGCCUUUUGAAUGCUCAGAGUGUGGAAAGAGAUUCAGUCAGAAUGGCAGUUUUCAAACGCAUCAGAGAACCCACACAGGGGAGAAGCCUUUUGAAUGCUCAGUGUGUGGAAAGAGAUUCAGUCAGAGUGCCAAUCUUCAAGUGCAUCAGAAAACCCACACAGGGGUGAAGCCUUUUGAAUGCUCAGUGUGUGUAAAGAGAUUCAGUCAGAGUGGCAAUCUUCAACGUCAUCAGAGAAUGCACACAGGGGAGAAGCCUUUUGAGUGCUCAGAGUGUGGAAAGAGAUUCAGUGAUAGUUACCAUCUUCAAACGCAUCAGAGAAUCCACACAGGAGAGAAGCCUUUUGAAUGCUCAUUGUGUGGAAAGAGAUUCAGUCGUAGUGGCAGUCUUCAAUAUCAUCAGAAAACCCACACAGGGGAG